AGUCGCCAGGCGAAAUAGCAUUUCCUUUAGAACUGACCGUAUUUUAUUAGUAUAAAACCGUAAGAAAAUAUUAUUCACCCAGUUCGGUGGCGAUCAUGGCAAAGGCUGAGUUGGCUGUGUGCGUUUUGGGCAUAAUCGCUUGCUUUUGUUUGCACAUUUCCGAUGCCUCUCUUUGUAAGCCGAAUUCAAAAUUUAAAUACGACUGCAACACAUGCAGUUGCAGCAGUACCGGAAGGGAAUUCUCUUGUACAAACACAAUCUGUGCACCUCUCAUAUACAAAGACAAGUACCUCAUAGAACAGAACGAAAAGGGCUAUACCAUCUUAAAACCAAAAAUAAAAAAUUUCAACGACGAAAAGAAGCGUAACAGCGACGACGAUCUCUUUGUAAACGAUCAGCCAGUUGGUGAGAAAUUUAGAAGAACGGUCAUCAAGAUGUCACCGUACGUUAAGAGACCUCCUGGGAAUUUGAUCGAGCAAAGUGAAGAUUACGUCAACUAUGACGGACAAAUUUCACCAAGCUCCGAAGCUGAAGAUACCGAGGAGGAUUAUGACGAUAGUAACGAGGAUGAUAGUGAAUCGGAUGAAGAUUUAGUCACUUACGGCAAAGUGGUACCGAAAAAUAGAUUGUAUUGAAUUCUUAAAGGACUAUGUGUGACCAUUUUUAUAUUAUUAUUGUCGUUAUAAGUAAGAUAUGUUACAUUUUUUUUUACAAGAAAUCACAUUCUGUAAUUUAAUGUUAUUAAGUGUAUGCUUAUUUUGAUCUUAUUUGCCUAUAUUAGGCUUCAAGUGUGAAAACAAAACUAUUUAUAUUAUAAGCAAGAUACCUACCUUCAUUUUUUUGUACUUU